UUCGAUAGAAAACUCAUAACUCAACUACUUACACUGCACUCAAUACAUAAAUCUCUUCUGCAUGUCAUAUUAUCAUGCAAAAACAUCAACCAUGCAAAAACCAGAAUUAAGCAGUAACUAAAAGUCUAAAACACAUUGUUAAUCUAAUAGGAGAGAGAAAAAAUUCCCAGAAAAAUCUCUAGAAUUCAGCGUUCGAUCAGAUUCUGAGUAGUAACAUCAGAAAUUAAACUUUUUGGGUGCAGAAAAACUGGAAAAAAAAAAGACACAGAAAACUGAAAAGAGUGAUGAAUGAGUGAGUCUAUUAUGUGUAUGAGUUGUUUUAGCCAUUAAACUAUAGAAUAUACAUAUAUAAAUAACACAAAGAGACAUCAAACAUAAAAAAAUACACAGAAUACAUAACACAUAUUGAUUAUUGACCUCCUCUUAUGAAAGCACAUGGCUACCUCUUAGCUUAGAUUUAUUAUUAUUAUUAACAACUCUUUUCUCUCUCUUUCCUACUUAGAUUGGACUUAGUACUACUACAUUUUCUGGGUAUUUUUUAAAUCUUCUUAAUUAAUUAAAAUUAAUUAACUUAAUAUAAUUGUUUCUCUCUGUAAUUGACUGAUAAUUUCAAGACAUGUUUAUGACAAAUUAUCAGAUCUAUACACCCUCUAAAUAAAAGUCUCUUCCUGUUCUUUGUUCUUCUUCUUGUUCCAUUAUUUCACCUGCCACCUACAAAUAUUAAUUAGUACUAUAUAUUACUAAUUACACUCCUUAAUUCAAACUUUUUUCACAGAUUAUUAUCUUUUCUUUCCACCUUCUUAUGUUUGUUAGCUCAUCAUUGAUAAAUCCCAAUUUCCCAGGACAAUCCUGAAUUGGAAAUCACCCUGAAGAAUUCAAGUGUUCUCCUUGAUUUUUUUUGAAUCUCGAAAAUCCUCCUAGAAAAAAGUAUGAAGAAAAGUGCCCAAAUGGUUGUACCAAUAAAAUUUUCAUUGAAUUGAAAGAAGGGUUAUAUAGAAUUCUGAGUAAAAAUGGAGGAUCAAAUAGUGGAUGAUCAUAUGGAAGUUGAGGAAGCUCUGAUUCCGAUGUGGCCGGAGGAUGUAAACGAAGCAGGGAGUCAAUUCAAUGUAGAUAGGCCAAGAGAAGAUCAAGAUAUGUUGAAAGAAGUUGCAAUUAAUGUGGGAGAGCCUCAAGAAAUUGAUUUAGAGCAUCUAAAUGAUAUGACAGACCACAGUGAUAAAGGUUCCUCUCAAUUGACAUACCUUGUAAAGCAUUGGGAAUAUAAGCAAGCGAAUGCAGUUCGCCUCUUAAGAGAAGAGCUUGAUCGCCUUAGCAAGCAAAGAGAGGAGGUUGAGUUAAAGAGAUUGGAGAUAUUAGAGGAGCAUCGUUUUGAGGAAGAACGAGUAGGGAGUGACAGCAGACUUCCUGUUUCGGUGUUGGAGGAGUUAUAUGGUUUUUAUAAAGUUGUUCCUAAGAAGAAACUCGAUUCACCUGUUGAAAGUAAAGGGAUUGAAAUAGAUGCAGAGUAUGAUACUGUUGUGUAUUGGAAACAAAGAGCCAUGGUCUUGGAGAAAAUGUUGAAGGAGAGUAGGCAAAGAGAGCAGACUCUCUUGGAGAAAUUGGAUGAGAGUAUUAAGAAUAUGGAAAAACAGUCCACACCGGUGGAAGAAUUGUCACAGAUGCUCAAAAGGGCGGAUAAUUUUAUACAUUUCAUUCUUCAGAAUGCACCUAUUGUUCUUGGUCAUAUGGAUAAGGAGUUGAGGUAUCGUUUUAUCUACAAUCACUACCCAAGCUUUAAAGAGGAGGAAACCGGUGCGGCAUCCCUCAACUUCCCUGAUUUUUUUCAGGAUAUUAUAGGAAAAACGGAUACUGAGAUCUUUUCUGGUGCUGGAGUGAAAGAGUCUCUAGACUUCAAGCGAGAAGUCCUAGAACGUGGUUUACCUGGAAAGCGAGAAAUCACAUUUGAAACUGAACUUUUUGGGUCCAAAACGUUUUUGAUAUAUGUGGAACCUGUGUUUAACAAGGCAGGGGAGACCAUUGGUGUCAAUUACAUUGGAAUGGACAUUACAGAUCAGGUCAGGAAAAGAGAAAAGAUGGCAAAGCUCCGAGAGGAGAUAGCUGUACAGAAAGCCAUGGAGACUGAGCUGAAUAAGACUAUACAUAUAACAGAGGAAACCAUGAGAGCUAAACAAAUGCUUGCUACCAUGUCUCACGAAAUAAGAUCACCAUUGUCCGGGGUUGUUAGCAUGGCUGAGGUUUUAGCCACCACUAGACUAGACAAGGAACAAAGACAAUUGUUAGAUGUCAUGAUCUCUUCAGGAGAUUUGGUCCUCCAGCUUAUCAAUGACAUCCUUGACCUGUCAAAGGUUGAGUCAGGUGUUAUGAGAUUGGAAGCUACCAAGUUCCGACCGAGAGAAGUUGUAAGGCAUGUGCUCCAAACAGCUGCAGCAUCUUUGAAGAAAAUGCUAACACUGGAAGGAUAUAUAGCAGAUGAUGUUCCUAUAGAGGUGAUUGGAGAUGUUCUUAGGAUUCGACAAAUUCUCACUAAUCUAGUAAGCAAUGCCAUUAAAUUUACGCAUGAAGGUAAAGUUGGCAUAAGUCUCUAUGUGGUACCAGGGCCAUAUUCUGGAGAGGAGGAUCACGAAUUUGACAAAACCCACACUGGAACCAAGGAAAAGGAUAAUUCUGAUCAGUCUUAUGGGGAUGCUCCUUAUGAAAGUAAUGAGAACCAAGACGAGGGUGGCGAACCACCUUCAAAAGACGAAGAAAGGCACACUGUUACAUCUCCAACAACAGUGUGGAUACGCUGUGAUGUAUAUGACACAGGGAUAGGAAUUCCAGAGCAUGCUUUGCCUACAUUAUUCAAAAAAUAUAUGCAAGCUAGUGCCGAUCAUGCUCGAAAGUAUGGAGGAACUGGACUAGGCCUAGCCAUAUGCAAACAAUUGGUUGAGUUGAUGGGCGGUCAUAUGACAGUAUCUAGCAAAGAGCAUUGUGGAUCAACAUUUACAUUUGUCCUUCCAUAUAGGGUAUCUGUCGUAUCCGAUGAUGAAUCUGAUGAUCCAGAUGAGCUUCCAGAUACUACUAGUCAUCAUGAUACAUCAGCUAAUGAUGAUCAUACUGCUGGAUAUUUCCAAUUUCAGCCUCGGACAUUGAGUUCUUCUAUGUUGUCUCUUAGUGGAUCAACCAGGAACCCGGAUCUAUUACAAAGUAAUUAUGGAUAUAGUAUGCUGUCUGACAAAAGCCCAGUGCCAGAAAAUAUUAAUGUGUUCUCUCCUAUUCCUUCCACUCCAAACGAGUUUGAAAAUGAGCAGACAUCACCUGAGAGUUCUUCAAGGCAUAGUGGUGAUAAUGCUGCUGCUGAGACUAGUGGUAGAAAUGAUCAGUUUGUCGGAAAUGAAAGGGAUAUUGGAGAAGCCCAAAGAUCAUCUAAUAGUAUGGAGGUUGGGCCCAGUGCAAGUGGUGGUCAAGGGGUAGAGAAAUUACAUGAAAAUCAAGAAGCAUAUCAGACUUUGCAGACGUGUGAUAGAAGUCUGCAGAGUACUGCAAGCAGUGAUCCAGAAGUAAGCAGAGCUGAGGAAAAACCUAAAAUCCUCCUUGUAGAAGACAAUAAGAUCAAUGUGAUGGUGACAACGUCGAUGAUGAAACAAUUGGGUCACAGCAUAGAGGUUGUGAAUAAUGGAAUUGAAGCCGUUCGUGCUGUUCAAAAUCGUACUUAUGACCUUGUUUUGAUGGAUGUGUGCAUGCCAGUAAUGGACGGGCUUCAGGCUACAAGAAUUAUUCGUUCUUAUGAGGAGACUGGCAACUGGGAUGCUGCUGCAGAGGCAGGAAUUGAUCAACCCAUGCAUUUCCAGGAUUCAGCAUUGAAUUUUCAGGAUUCAUCAAGAAGAAUUCCGAUUAUUGCGAUGACAGCAAAUGCAUUAUCGGAGAGUGCAGACGAGUGCUAUGCGAAUGGGAUGGAUUCGUUUGUGUCGAAGCCUGUUACAUUUCAAAAGUUAAAAGAGUGUCUUCAGCAGUAUUUGCCGUGAGGCCUUGUAUAUUCAUUCAUCUGUACAAAAGUAAAUUGUUUUUUUUCUUAGGAAAGUUUUGUAAUCAAAUGUAUCAUGCUUUUAGGAAUGAGCAACAUCUGUAAAUUUUUUUUUGUCAAUUCUUUUACAAGUGAAGAAGAAAUAAAAGUUUGCAGUUUAUAGCUGAA